UUGCAUUCAGAUCAAAUCAUCACAAGCCACACAGCCGCAGAAGCCCAAAUAAAGCUAAGAUCCAAGAAGAAGAAUAAUGGCGACGCCGCAUCAUGGUGUUCUGGCGGUGGUGGUGCUGGCGGCGCUGGUGGGCGGCGUCCGGUGCGGGCCGCCCAAGGUGCCCCCGGGCAAGAACAUCUCGGCAGAGUGCGACGGCAAGUGGCUGGAGGCCAAGGCGACGUGGUACGGCAAGGCGACAGGCGCGGGGCCUGACGACAACGGCGGCGCCUGCGGGUACAAGGACGUGAACAAGGCUCCCUUCAACAGCAUGGGGGCGUGCGGCAACUCGCCCAUCUUCAAGGACGGCCUCGGCUGCGGCUCCUGCUACGAGAUCAAGUGCGACAAGCCCGCCGAGUGCUCCGGCGAGCCCGUCAUCGUCUACAUCACCGACAUGAACUACGAGCCCAUCGCCGCCUACCACUUCGACCUGGCCGGCACGGCCUUCGGCGCCAUGGCCAAGAAGGGGGAGGAGGAGAAGCUGCGCAAGGCGGGCAUCAUCGACAUGCAGUUCCGCCGCGUCAAGUGCAAGUACCCGGCUGACACCAAGAUCGCCUUCCACAUCGAGAAGGGCUGCAACCCCAACUACAUGGCGAUGCUCGUCAAGUACGCCGCCGGUGACGGUGACAUCGUCGGCGUCGACAUCAAGGAGAAGGGCGCCAAGGAGUACCAGCCCCUCAAGCACUCCUGGGGCGCCAUCUGGAGGAUCGACACCCCCAAGCCCAUCAAGGGCCCCAUCUCCGUCCGCAUCACCAGCGAGGGAGGCAAAAAGCUCGAGCAGGAGGACGUCAUCCCCGAAGGCUGGAAGCCCGACACCCUCUACCCCUCCAAGCUCCAGUUCUAGUUCUGAUCCCACCCCACCCGACCCCAUCCGAUCCUACAUAUAAUGCUGCAACCAUUCAUCAUCAAUUGUUUUUUUUUUCUUACAACUUGAGAGAGAGAGAGAGAGAGAGAGAGAGAGAGAGAGAGAGAGAGAGAGAGAGAGAGAGAGUUACUAUAUAAUUAGCGCCCGACAUGAAGAGGCGCUCAUGAAUGAAUAAAGGAUCGGAGGCGGAUCCCCUGACUAUUGCACUAUGUAUUUCUCAGCCCACCGAGCGUCACCAUGUAGUAAUAACAAUGAAUUUAUAUAUCGUGGUAUAUGGUUGAU